GGUCCUCGCGCUGAAGAGCUACGGGCAACUUUUCCUUGCUCUCAUCCCUGCCGGAAAAGAAGUCCUCCCAACAGCUUCUGGGGAGUCUCUGACUUUCGGAAGCCCUUGGCCAAGGGCAUUGUGCGCACUCCUAGAGCAUCGCCGGUUCCCAGCGCAGACCCAGGAUGGGACCCGGACAGGCAGCGGGCGCGCGGUUCCCACUGCUGCGGCUGGUGGUGCUCAGUCGGGGCAUCUUAAGUUGUUUGGCAUACAAUGUUGGCCUCCCAGAAGCAAAAAUAUUUUCCGGCCCUUCAAGUGAACAGUUUGGCUAUGCAGUACAGCAGUUUAUAAACUCAAAAGGCAACUGGCUACUGGUUGGUUCACCAUGGAGUGGCUUUCCAGAGAACCGAAUGGGAGAUGUGUACAAGUGCCCUGUUGACCUAGCAACUGCCACAUGUGAAAAGCUGAAUUUGCAAACUUCAACAAGAAUCUUAAAUGUUACUGAGAUAAAAACCAACAUGAGCCUCGGUUUGACCCUCACCAGAAACACGGGAACUGGCGGUUUUCUAACAUGUGGUCCUCUGUGGGCACAGCAGUGUGGGAAUCAAUAUUAUGCAACUGGAGUUUGUUCUGACAUCAGUCCGGACUUUCAGCCUUUGACCAGCUUCUCACCUGCUGUUCAGACCUGCCCUUCCCUCAUAGAUGUCGUGGUUGUAUGUGAUGAAUCAAAUAGUAUUUAUCCCUGGGAAGCAGUAAAGAAUUUUUUGGAAAAAUUUGUACAAGGUCUGGAUAUAGGACCCAAAAAGACACAGGUGGCAUUAAUUCAGUAUGCCAAUAAUCCAAGAGUUGUGUUUAACUUGAGCACUUUUCAAAGUAAAGAUGAAAUGGCUUCAGCCAUGUCCCGGACCUUCCAAUUUGGUGGCGACCUCACAAACACCUUCAAAGCAAUUCAAUUUGCAAGAGACAUGGCUUAUUUACCAGCUUCUGGCGGACGGCCAGGUGCUACCAAAGUCAUGGUAGUUGUAACUGAUGGCGAAUCCCACGACGGGUCGAUGCUGAAAGGUGUGAUCCAGCAAUGCAACGAAGCAGAGAUCCUGAGGUUCGGCAUCGCGGUUCUUGGGUAUUUAAACAGAAAUGCCCUUGAUACCAAAAAUUUGAUAAAAGAAAUCAAAGCAAUUGCUAGCACUCCAACAGAAAGAUACUUUUUCAACGUGGCCGAUGAGGCAGCUCUUCUGGAAAAGGCUGGGACAUUAGGGGAACAAAUUUUCAGCAUCGAAGGUACUGUUCAAGGAGGAGACAAUUUCCAGAUGGAAAUGUCACAAGUAGGAUUCAGCGCAGAUUACUCUCCUCAAAGUGAUGUUCUGAUGCUAGGUGCAGUGGGAGCUUUUGACUGGAGUGGAACUGUUGUCCAGGAGACCUCUCAUGGGCACUCGAUCUUUCCUAAACAAGCAUUUGACCAAGUUCUGCAGGACAGAAAUCACAGUUCAUACUUAGGUUACUCCGUGGCUACAAUUUCUACUGAAAAUGGUGUCCACUUUGUUGCUGGUGCACCUCGGGCAAAUUAUACUGGGCAGAUAGUGCUGUACAGUGUUAAUGAACAUGGCAAUGUCACAGUCAUUCAGACUCACAGAGGGGACCAGAUUGGCUCCUAUUUUGGUAGUGUGCUCUGUUCAGUUGACGUGGAUAAAGACACCAUUACAGAUGUGCUCCUGGUAGGUGCUCCAACAUACAUGAAUGACCUCAAGAAAGAGGAAGGAAGAGUCUACCUAUUUACCAUCACAAAGGGCAUUUUGAAUCAGCACCAAUUUCUUGAAGGACCUGAAGGCAUUGAAAAUGCCCGGUUUGGUUCAGCGAUUGCAGCCCUUUCAGACAUCAACAUGGAUGGCUUUAAUGAUGUGAUCGUUGGCUCACCUUUAGAAAACCAGAACUCCGGAGCUGUGUACAUUUACAAUGGUCACCAGGACACCAUUCACACAAAAUAUUCCCAGAAAAUCUUAGGAUCCGACAAGGCCUUUAAGAGCCAUCUCCAGUUCUUUGGAAGGUCUCUGGAUGGAUAUGGAGAUUUAAAUGGGGAUUCCAUUACUGAUGUGUCCAUCGGUGCUUUGGGGCAGGUGGUUCAACUCUGGUCACAGAGCAUUGCUGAUGUGGCCGUAGAAGGUUCCUUCACUCCAGACAAAAUCACUUUGUUGAACAAGAAUGCUGAAAUAAUCCUCAAACUCUGCUUCAGAGCAAAGUUUAGACCUACUGGGCAGGACAAUCAAGUGGCCAUCAUGUUUAACAUGACACUUGAUGCGGACAGAUAUUCAUCCAGAGUAACCUCUAGGGGAUUAUUUAAAGGAGUUAAUGAAAGAUUCCUGCAAAAGAAUAUGGUUCUACAUCAAGCGCAGAAAUGUUCUGAGUUCCAUAUUAGCAUACAGAAGCCCUCUGAUGUUGUCAAUCCUUUGGAUCUGCGUGUGGACAUCAGUCUGGAACACCCUGGCACUAGCCCUGCCCUUGAGGUCUACUCUGACACUGUCAAAGUCUUUAGCAUCCCUUUCUAUAAAGAAUGUGGCAGCGAUGGGCUUUGCAUCUCUGAUCUGAUCCUGGACGUCCAACAGUUACCAGCUGCUCAAAAUCAACCAUUUAUUGUCAGCAACCAAAACAAAAGGUUAACCUUUUCAAUUGCACUAAAAAACAGAGGGGAAGGUGCCUACAACACUGCAGUGGUGGCCAGUUUUUCAGAGAACUUGUUUUUUGCUUCAUUCUCCAUGCCGGUUGAUGGAACAGAAGUAACAUGCGAGCUUGGUUCAUCUCAGAAGUCUGUUACCUGUGAUGUGGGAUACCCCGCCUUAAAGAGUGAACAGCAGGUGACUUUUACUAUUAACUUUGACUUCAAUCUUCAAAACCUUCAGAAUCAGGCAUCUGUCAGUUUCCAAGCCCUCAGUGAGAGCCAAGAAGCAAACAAAGCAGAUAAUUUAGUCAGCCUCACAAUUCCUCUCCUGUAUGAUGCGGAAAUUCACCUAACCAGGUCCACCAACAUCAACUUUUAUGAAGUCUCUUCGGAUGAGACUGCUCCUUCUUUUGUGCACAGUCUUGAAGAUAUAGGUCCAAAAUUCAUCUUCUCCCUUAAGGUAACAACAGGAAGUAUGCAAGUAAGCAUGGCGUCUGUCACCAUCCACAUUCCUCAAUACACCAAAGAAAAGAACCCACUCAUGUAUCUGUCUGAGAUACAAACAGAUCAGGCUGGAGAUAUCAGUUGUGCAGCAGAAUUGAAUCCACUGAACAUAGGACAGAUGCCGUCUUCUGUAUCAUUCAAGAGUGAAAAUCUCUGGCACGUGAAAGAAUUGAACUGCCAAACUGCCUCCUGUGGUAACAUCACCUGCUGGCUGAAAGACCUUCAUAUGAAAGGAGAGUACUUCAUCAACAUCACUACCAGACUUUGGAAUGGAACCUUUGCAGCUUCGACUUUCCAGACAGUACAGUUAACAGCAGCUGCAGAAAUUGAUACCUAUAACCCUCAGAUAUAUGUGAUCGAGGACAACACUGUCACGAUUCCCCUUAUGAUCAUGAAACCCAAUGAGAAAGCCGAAGUCCCUGUAGGAGUGAUAGUUGGAAGUGUGAUUGCCGGGCUCCUUCUGCUGUUAUCUAUGAUUGCAGGUUUAUGGAAGCUUGGCUUCUUCAAAAGACAAUAUAAAAAAAUGGCCCCAAACCCAGAUGAGAUCGAAGAGUCCGCAGAACUCAACAGCUGAACCGUGGGGCGACACCACUGCAUGGGGCUGGUGGUAUCCCAGCCAGCUUCACUACUGUGGUGAAGGAUCUCUUUUAAGUCCAGUUUAAAAUAAUGUAAUAGGUAAACUAGCCUGAUAUUUUUAAGAGAAACUGCUGGUCAGUUUGUAAUGAAGAAAUUAUGGGCAGCAUUUAGGGAUAAAAAGACAAAAGACAUUAUAUACAGAGAAAAAAACUGCAAUCUUUAUACUGGCUGGUCCAGAGUUUGCAUUAGAAUGUUUCCAUGUCAGAAAGAGGAAAUGUUUCUAGGCAUGACAAGCUUUAAAGAAAAUUAUAACAUA